AAGGCGCGGGCUGCGGCCGGGACCCUCGCGGCAGACAUGGACUUGCAUUGUGAUCGCGCCGCCGAGCCACCGGCCGCCGAGCCGCCGUCGGGCAAGAUUAACAGAGCCGCCUUCAAACUGUUCAAGAAGAGGAAGCCGGGCGGCGCGAUGCCCAGCAUCUUCGGGGUCAAAAACAAAGGGGACGGGAAGGGCGCGGGGCCCGCGGGGCUGGUGCGCAGCCGGACGCACGACGGGCUGGCCGAGGCGCUGGCGGUGGAGGGCGGCCGCCGCGAGGAGCCGCGCGCGGGCGGCGGGGACGGGGCGCGGCCGGGCCCCGCGGCCCCCCGGGCGGCCCCGGGCGGCGCGGGCCCGGCGGCCGGCGGCUCGGUGGCCAAGUCGCACAGCUUCUUCUCGCUCCUGCGGAAGAACGGGCGGCCCGAGAGCGGCGGGGCGGAGCAGGCCGACGCGGGCAAGGCCGGCGGCAGACAAAAGCGGGGGCUACGGGGGCUCCUGGGCGGCGUGCGCUGGCGCAGGAAGGACCGGCGGCCCAAGGACGCGGCGCCGGCUGGGCGCGCGGGGGCCCCGGGCAGCCUGGCGCGGCCGGGCUCGCUCACCGCCAGCCUGGAGUGCGUCAAGGAGGAGGCGCCCGCGGCCGCGCGCGAGCAGGAGCCAGCAGGUGAGCCCGCGGCGGGGGAGCCGGAGCCGGCCUGCGCCCCGGGAGAGGGCGCCGCGGGACCCGGGCGCGCCGAGCGGCCCCGCGCGCCCCCCGAGCCCGAGCCCGAGCCGCGCGCCGGGGAGGGCCGGCCGGCCGAGGACGCCGCGGGGCCCGGGGCCGCGCCGGCCGAGACUGCGCCCCGGCCCGACUCCGAAGGCGGCCGCGCGCCCGCCGCCCCCGACCCUUCUUCGGUCGAUCCGCCCUCCGACCCAUCGGCCGAUCGUAUUUGUCUGAUGUUCUCUGACGUGACUUCACUGAAAAGCUUUGACUCUCUUACAGGCUGCGGAGAUAUUAUCGCAGACCCCGAGGACGAGGCAGGGCCCAGCUGUGCCAGGCAUGCCCCCGCGCCGGGCCAGCCGGGCCCCGCCCAAAAGCCCCCCGGCGUGGUGGCCUACCAGGGAGGCGGGGAGGAGAUGGCGAGCCCGGCCGAGGCGGACGACUCGUACCUGCAGGAGUUCUGGGACAUGCUCUCCCAGACCGAGGACCAGGGCCCCGGGCCCCAGCAGGGGGCGGCCCCGGCGGCGGCGGCGGCGGCGGCGGCGCCCGAAGCGCAGGUGGCCCCCGAGACCCCCAAGGACGCCAGGCGGGCCGAGGGGGCCAAGGACGCGUCCUCGGUCAAGCGCCGGAGGCUGCACCGGCUCCCCACGGAGCUCCAGCCGAAGGAGGAGCCCAAGCACCCGGACGAGGAGCCGCAGGAAGGCGUCCCCAACAGCGACGAGGGCUACUGGGACUCCCCCACCCCCGGGCCGCGGGAGGACGGCUCGGGCGGCGGCGUGAGGAAGGCGGGCCUCCCCCGGGACAGCGACAGCGGUGACGCGCUCUACGACCUCUACGCCGAGACCGAUGGAAGCCCCGCGGCCCUGCCCGCCGCCGCCGAGGACACGUCCUGCUCGUCCCGGUUAAAGCCCGUGUCUCCGGUCACCGUCACCUGUGCCCUGCGAACGCCGGGGAGCUUGCCGAAGGACUCCAAGAUCCCGAUCAGCAUCAAGCACCUCGCGAACCUUCCACCCAGCCACCCGGUGGUGCACCAGCAACCAGCCAGGAGCGAGCUGCCCAGAACCAAAAUCCCGGUGUCCAAGGUGCUGGUCCGCCGGGUCAGCAGCCGGGGCUUGGCCGGGACCACCCUCCGGGCCGCGGCGUGCCACGACAGUGCCAAAAAAUUGUGA